UUAGAAACAUCUGAUUUUGUCAACAAUUGCAUAUUGUAUAAAGUUAAGGAAUUAGCUGGCCUAAGAUACGUCUAUGUAAAUAUUUAAAAUGCUGCACCGUCAACGGUGUUGAACAAUUUCGACUACGAAGAGUGUUUUAAAGAAAUGUGCUCGUUGACAUGUUUAAAUCCCAUCGCAAUUGCACUCAAUUUGCUGUUGCUUGUAAUAGCGCCCUUAUCAGGAGUACAUCAUCCAACCAUUCACGAUAUUAUAACCACCCAAGAUAUUAUAGCUGGUGAUGUUUUCUUUGAGAUAACAGAACCUGCUGUGUUGGAGUACACGUAUCGGUUGCGACCGGCGAAAGAUUUUGGUGUAUCAUUUGUUUCACAGCGUUUUACAGGAAUCGGAUUAGUUUUAACGCAACCAUCAGAUGCAUGCUCAAAAAUUCGAAACUAUCGCGAACUUCGUGGCAACGUAGCAUUGAUUAAAAGAGGUGAUUGUUCGUUCUUAACAAAAACUAUCAAUGCCGAAAUUGCGGGCGCCAAAGCAGCUAUAAUGACAGAAUUUGAUGACGAUUCAGCUGAGUUUGAGUAUUACAUAGAAAUGGUACAUGACAACACAAGUAGAGAAGCGCAUAUACCAGCCGGAUUUUUGCUGGGCAAAAAUGGUGUUAUAAUUCGAUCGACGUUAAUGAGUCUACGACGGCCACAUGCCAUUAUAAAUAUACCAGUGAAUUUAACAUUUGUGCCACCUGCUCAAAUAAAUCAUCCGCCCUGGUUGGGUUGGUAAAUUCAAUUACCAAAGUCAUAGGAACUUGAUGAACAAAUCCAAAAAUAAUAACCAAAGUGCAUUCUUUCAACUGACUCACCAAUAGAAAUGGCUACGUAGGCUGCUAAAUAUGAUAUUUAUUUAUAUUGUGCAAAUUCUUUAUUUUUAUAUAACAAAAACAGUUCAACCUGCUAAAUCAAAUUUA